CUUCAAGUCACUCGCUGCAAAUCUCAAAAGAAGCAAAAGCACCCCCAGAAUAAAAAGUAGGAAAACGAAACAACAUUUUCAAUCCACCAAGAUGCGUUACGCCAUCAUCCUCUCGGCCUUUGUCGCCACUGCUCUCGCCGGCGACUGGGACGCCGCCACGCCCGAAAAGACAACAAGUGCUUCAUGGCCCGACAAGACAUCAAGCGCCGAGUGGUCUGAAAAGACAUCAAGCUCCGAGUGGUCCGAAAAGGCAACAAGCGCUGAAUGGUCCGAAAAGGCAACAAGCGCUGAGUGGCCCGAAAAGACAACGAGUGCUGAGUGGCCCGACAAAACAAACGCUGAGUGGCCCUCGAAGACGGAAGAAACACACUCGCAAAUCACUCCUACAUGGGAGGCUCACCCUCACCCUCCCCCUCCCAAGGUGGACUGCAAGCACGUCAAGGAGUGCACCGACGAGGUCGACAAGUGCAGGACCAAGCCCGAAGCCAACCAGGCCGAGUGCUCUUCCGAGUACGCAGACUGCCUCGGCUUCAACCCUCUCAACCCGGAAGCCGAUGAAGCCAUCAAGCAGUGCGAGGAGGAGGACCACAAGCCCGGCCACAACGAGACUCGCCCCAAGCCGCCGCCCAUCAUUGUGUCUGGUGCCUCGAGCAUGGCACCAUUGGGCCUCUUUAGCCUUUUGGCUGCUGCCGCUGCCGCUCUCCUGUAGAGAAAAGUGAGCUUGAGUGAACUUUAUAGACUUGGAUUUUUGGGUUAUUGGAUGGUAAAUGUUAAUGGAUAUCGGGGGGAAGUAAUAAACAGCUGCAGUCAGCCACCUAUACACGGCAAUGGCUUGUAGAGCAUGAAUAACAAAUUUCCGUUUCUCUCUCUUGUUUC